AUGCCCAAGCCCACGCGCACCACCGUGGCCGUCGCGAUCGCCUUUGUCGUCGUCGCCACCUACGGCGGCUGCGUCGUCGCCCUCGACGCCUCCAUGUACGGCGCGCUCAUCGUGAUGCCACAUGCGACCACUGUGGGCAUUCUGACGAUUUUGCUUGCGACGCUUGGCCUCGUGCACCUCGUCUGGACGCGCUUGGUACCGUCGCCCACGCUCUGCCUCUUGCUUUUGAUCCUCGAGGUCGUCUGCGCCAGCGUGCUUCUCGGUAUGGCCGUCAACGGCGUUGCCAAGACAACGAGCGCGGUCGAGACCGCACCAGCGCUCACGACGUACCAGCACCGCAUGGAAACCUACUUGGCCUCGGACAAGGCCCGCCAGUACACGUACGCUAGAGUACCCUGA